UCCGCUGAACUACCUGUCAACGCUGGACAAAGGUUUCCCAAUCAGGAGAACGCUACUGCAUCAGCAAGACCAGAUACAGGUCCAGUUUCUGUGUCCGGGGUCCCUACAGAAAAUCAGGAAGCCACAUUCAGUCCCUCUUCCUCUUUCACGCAGGCUCGGCGAACUGAUACAACUGCAAAUAUAAUUGCCAGUCAGUUUAAUCUCCUCUCUAGCGAGCCGUAUCCCCUAUCCUCAGAGCACCCACUGUCGCCCCAGUCCCCAAGACCCGGUGUAAGUCAGGACUCGCCAGAUCAGGCACGUUUUCGUCAAUCGGGCAGCCUAGAAAAGCGAAUCCACCCCGCAGAGGAGACUGCGGGUCUCCUGGUAGUGAAUGUGAUUGCCGGAAGCGGUCUCAAAACCUCACAGAUGCUGCUACGGGAUCUCUACUGUGUUCUGGAGACAGACUCUGUACGCAAGGCACGCUCUAUGAUCCGCACUAAUACGGACUUCUUUGAGUGGGAUGAAGUUUUCGAGAUUGAAAUUGAGGAAAGCCGCUUCCUGUCACUCCUUGUCUACCAGUGGGACCCACGAACUCGUCAUCGGCUGUGCUUCUACGGUGGUAUUGACUUGCGCUCCUUUAUCCAACAGCGACGACAGCUGCUGGCAAUGAAUUCGGAGUCCGACUUCAAUCAACAGCAACAACAGCAGCAGCAGGCGGGAGAGCCCGAGAACAAACCCCUGACAAGUCCAAUUGUUGCCAGUUCGGCUAUUCGAUUUGAAAAAAUUGCCCUCCAAUUGGAACCCAAGGGGAUUAUGUAUCUUCAGUUGGGUAUCCUUCCACUGAAAAGCCUCUAUAUAAGGCGUAAUUUCACCAAUUCCUAUGAGGCAGGCCUCUUUGGUGUAUCGCUUGAUGAGCUCAUGUACAGAAACCGACUCCUCACAGACUUGCUCCCACCCCCACCUAAUGAUCCCGUGAGUCAUGCUGUGCCGCUCUUAAUAAGAAAGUGUGUGGAAGAGGUGGAUCGCAGGGGUACCGAUGUGGUCGGCAUAUAUCGUCUUUCGGGCUCGGUAUGGAUGAAACUACAGGUUCGAGAACUGCUCACAAGGACUGCAGACAAGAUUAUCCAGGGCAUAUCCAAGCAAAAUGAGAAGGCCGUCAAGGUCGCUCUGGCUACCCUCGAUCUCUCCGCCGAUUCUGUUCCGGAUAUACAUGCAAUUACAGGUAGAACUAUUUUUGCAUUUUUAAAUAGGCUAUGA